CACUUCAUCGUCAUGACCUAACCUAAUAAUAAUAUCAGUUAAUACUUUUGUUGAGUACAAAACAUCAUCAUGUAUCCCACAGCACCAGACGAUGAUCAAUAUGAUAAGAAGUAUUCAAGCCCUGCAGUAAUGAAUCAAAAUCCGAGUCUAGCACAACCAGCUUAUCAUCAUGCUCCAUACAUAACCAGAAUUCAGGUUCCUGGUGCAGCAGGGAAGUGGUCCUCUGGUCUUUGUCAUUGCUGUGAUGACCCUGCAAAUUGUAUGGUCACUUGCUUUUGCCCUUGCAUUACAUUUGGACAGAUUGCUGAAAUUGUAGACAAAGGUUCCUCAACUUGCGGUUCGAGUGGGACUGUUUAUGGGUUACUUAAUUUGACUGGGCUGGCAUGCUUGUACUCAUGUAGCUAUCGAUCCAAAUUGAGAGGUCAAUAUGGCUUAGAAGAGGCACCUUGCGUUGACUGCCUAGUCCACUUCUGCUGCGAGGCUUGUGCCCUUUGCCAAGAAUACAGAGAGCUCAAGAACCAUGGCUUUGAUCUCGGAAUAGGUUGGGAAGCCAACUUGGAAAGACAGCAACGUGGAAUAACUACUGCUCCAAUGAUGGUACCACCUAUGACAAGAUAAGAUGAAGUGCUAUUCAAUUGAUCAAGAGCCAAUAUUCAAGUGUGCAAUAUAUAUAUAUAUAUAUAUAAUUUAUGAUGUUGCUCUAUAUUGCUUAAUUUGUACAAAUUUACCAAGUAUUGUUAUUUAUAAAUAUAUGGGACACAUGUACUCA